AGGGUGUCUAUAUAUUGCCAAUGUUUGACAGAUGCUACAUUAGUUGUGACCAUCUGGGAAAGCGUAUUCAAGUUUCCAAAGUGUGUGACAUCGACUUUUUCGGUGGAAAAAUCGAUUAUAAAAUGAUGUUGUGGUAUAUUGUCGCGGCUUGCGCGCUGGUGGUGUCGGUGUCCGGGCACGGCCGCGUGCUGGAACCCCCGUCACGCGCGUCGGCAUGGCGUUUCGGCUUCCCCACGAAGCCAGAUUACGACGAUGAUGGGCGAAACUGCGGUGGUUUCUCGCAUCAACACCAAGUCACCGGUGGCAAAUGCGGUAUUUGUGGUGACCCUUACGACCAGCCACGACCGAGAGACCACGAGCUAGGAGGUACAUGGGGAGACGGCAUCAUCGUUGCCAAAUACUCCGCUGGCCAAAUCUUCUCUGCCACCGUCGACCUUACCGCAUACCACAAAGGCUAUUGGCAAUUCAAAAUCUGCCGAGACCCAACACGUAACGACCAGGAUUGCUUCGACGAGAACAUUCUAGAACUUGAAUCUGGCGGUACUAAAUACUACCCGAACAGAGAUGCGAAAUAUACGAUGACGUAUCGUUUACCUAAUGAUUUAUAUUGUGAACAUUGUGUAUUACAAUGGCAAUAUAUCGCUGGAAAUAAUUGGGGCGUUUGUAAAAAUGGUACUACUGGUCUAGGAUGUGGGAAUCAGGAACAAUUUGGAGCCUGUUCUGAUAUCAGUAUCUCAGUACCAAUGGAAAACGCAGAGAAUAAGCCCGCCUCAUAUUACCAAAGACUAGGCUACAUCGAUGUCCAAGGUGAGAGUCGUAACAGAAAAUGAAUAGCCCUUAACUAACGUCUUUACCUUAGCAGUAUGCACGAACUGGGGUUGGUUGUAUUGAUUUUUCUUUUUAUUUUU